UAUAGAUCGCUUCGGUCAUCUCAGAGUAGUCCAGUAAGUGCCCUGGAUUGCUCAUCUGCUUUUCUCCUUCAAUUGCCACCAACCGACUAACGCCAUGACGACCCCGCAGUUGGUCCAGAUCACCCUGUCGGACGAUGAACGCGCCACCAAGAAACUCUCCUCCCACAACCUCCAAGCAGCCCUGGAAGGUCUUCAUCGAGAUGGCGUGUGUGUUAUCACCAACGGUGUUCAUCCGGUCCAUCUCGACAAACUAAACGAACGCAUGGUCCCCGAGGCUAAAACCCUAUAUGCCAACCCGCAAACCUACCGCAACUUUGGUUCCCGCACGGGCAACAUCCAGCAGGAGCCGGUCGUGGACCCCGAGUACAUGUUUGAAGAUAUCAUUGCCAACCCAUGGGCCACUGCCAUCACCGAAUGCAUGCUGGGGCCGAACCCACACCUGCGCUUCUACAGCGCGAACACUGCCUUCAAAGCCGAGGACCGACAACCGGUGCACGUCGACGUGCAUUUUGACUUUCCCAAGAUCCCCUUUGGCUUCUGCAUCAACAUCAACCUCGUGGCUACCUCGCCCGAGAACGGUGCGACCGAGCUCUGGCCCGGUAGUCACCGGGACGCUGAUCAUAGGGAUAGCGAUAACAUCGGGGUGAUAUCGGACCUGGUCGAAGCCCGCCGCAAGAUCUCUCCCCCGGUACAGCCAUCUCUGCCUAAGGGAGCCGUGAUCGUUCGAGAUUUCAGACUGUGGCAUGCCGGCAUGCCAAAUCACACCGACGACCCCCGUGUCAUGCUAGUGACGAUUCACUUCCCGGCGUGGUAUCGCACCGACCAAAAGUUUGUGCUACCCCGGAGUAUGCAGGGAAAGGUUGACUGGGGACAUUUGGUGCCGUGUGUGGAGUGGGUGGAUGAAGACUAUGAUUAUUUGCAGGGCAAACAUGACCAUGACUUUACUUUGCUGCCGUAACUGGCACCCACUUAUCCAAUAUCUAUCAUAAUCUGCAAUGUCUCUGGCAUUUCA